AUGCUCGUCUCACAAAUUUCCCCAGAAAAGCUUCUCAUUGCUAUUUUUUCAUGGGUUUUCCCAUACAUUUUGUUAGCAAAUUAUCUUGAACGAUCACUUCUUCCCUUUCGAGCGUUAUGUUAUACUCAAUCAGAUUUGUUGAGUUAUAUUUCAUCAGCUGGAAAUGUGAAUGAAUGUAUUCAAAAAUAUCAUUAUCCGAGAAAGGCAGAUCCAAAUUGUCGACUAAAUAUUCGACCUGAAAUCUUGCAUUUCCCGAAAGUCGAUGAAAAUGCCAAAAAGAUUGUCGUUAUCAGAACUGCUCCCAACUCCAAAGAUUAUCGAGAUUUCAUUCGUUCGACGUGGAAAUCUCAUUUUCGAGAAAUUCCUGUAGUUUUUGUGGUCGGAAAGCGCAAAAGUCUUGAACUCAACGAAGAAUCGGAUGAACAGCAAGAUGUCAUUCAAUUUGAUUUCACUGAUAGUUAUCAUAGUUUAGCUUAUAAGAUGGUAUCGAUGUACAGCUGGAUAUUAGAGAAACUACCAAAAGUUGAAGAAAUUCUUGUGCUAAACGAUGAUACAAUCGUCAAUGUGACUGCUAUUCGACAGUUGCCAAGUCGAGAUCCCGAUGAUUUGUGGUUAUUGGGUAAAGUGUCCCGUGGGUAUCCUCGUUUAUGGAUGCCUUGGUUGACAUGGCAUGUACAUGGAGAUAUGUAUCCAAAUCUAUGCUAUCCACGAUUUGUUCAGGGAUCGUCAUUUGUGAUUUCUCGUGGUGCAGCAAGAGCUCUUCUCAAUAAUAUUUGUCGUUUUCCAUGGAUUCAUCUCGAUGAUAUUCAUGUUGGAGUAAUGUCAUCAUGUCUUGGAAUUGAUCUCAUUCACUUUGACGGAUUCGAUCAGCACACCUUUGAUCGUUUUGUCGUUUUUCACUAUCAAUACUCAAGAAACUCAGCCGGCUAUCUAAAAAGUUUAUGGGAGAAUUCGGAGCUUUCGAUGAAUAAUCCU